CACGCACAGGAAAACAUUCUCUGCUUCAAAGUUUUGUUUUUGUUUUUCCUUUUCCUUCUUUUUAUUUUUGUAAUCUAAUUUUGUGAUUAAAAAGUAGUAGCUUUAUCUGGUUUUUUCCUAGUCUUCAUUUAUGCAAUGGAAUUUCUAGAAGGAGAUGAUGUGCUAGGGCAAAUCGAUUGGGAUAAUUUGUUGGAUGGAUUCCCGGAUUCCGAUAGCAUCUUCGAAUUAGAACCUCCUUUAACCACAGACUUGCAACCGAUCAACGAUUCUUCGAAUUCAUCAUCACCUGCUACGGUUUCGUCUUGGAUCGGAGAGGUUGAGACCUUGUUGAUGAAAGAUGACGACGAUAAGGUUGAUCAGCUGGAGAACUGCAACGCUUUCUUGGCAGAUAUUUUAGUUGAUUCUCCUUCUGCUCACGAGUCUGGUGGCGAGGUCCUUGAUGCUUCCACCGAUAAGGAUUCCACUUCUUCCGAUGAUGCUGACGGCGGCCCGAAGGAGAAAGACGACGGAGCGGAGGAGAAGAACAACAACGAUGAGGAGGAAGAUCCUGAUGAUAUUGUGUCCAAGAAACGGAGAAGGCAGUUGAGAAAUAAGGACGCGGCAGUGAGAUCAAGGGAAAGGAAGAAGUUGCAUGUGAGGGAUCUUGAAAUUAAGAGUAGGUAUUUGGAAGGGGAAUGCAGGAGGCUGGACAGGCUGCUUCAGUGUUUUAUCGCGGAGAACCAUGCUCUACGCCUUAGUUUACAGAGGGGCAAUGCAUUUGGUGUUACCUCGGCCAAGCAGGAGUCUGCUGUGCUCUUGUUGGAAUCCCUGCUGUUGGGUUCCCUGCUUUGGCUCCUGGGCAUCAUGUGCCUAUUCCCCCAGCCUGCAAUGCCCCAGUCAACAAUGGUGGAAGUUCUACUAGAAACAAUGGAAAAGAAAGCACCAGAAAACGUGGCUCAAAGAGGAGCAGGAAGUAAAAUAUUCAUAUCCUUGGCAAACAGUAGAAGAUGCAAAGCUUCAAGGCCAAGGAUGAAACUUACCGGUGUAAUCUUUCCUUCUCUAAAUUUGGUUUUGUAAUUAAGGUCUAGAGCUCUUUAUCAUGUUGAGCUGAGUGAUCAAAGCUGGUUGAAUGUUUCGAUGAGCACAUAGAACAAUGCUGUUCCCUGAUUGACAAUUAGAAACUCUUUAUCGUAUCCAUAUUUGAAUUUUGACUGAAAA